AUGAGUCGACUUGACAAAGGCAAUCAUGAAGAUGAUCAAAUGGUGGAAGUACAAGAAUUUUCAGGUGCAGCCUGGCUGAAGCAAUCAAGCACAGACCUCAUGGAUUAUCAUGAAGUGGACCAUGAAAGGAAUACUCUCAUCAAACCUCAAACAGUAGAAGGAGAGGAGGAGGAGGAGGAGGAGGCAGACAUGACUUACAAUAACAAUGCUUCAGCUGAAGAUCCAAAAGGGAUGGCUCUCUUAAUGAACGGCACUGCCAGAGCUCAAAUGAAGGAUGGGAUUGCCAACUACAAGAAAAAGGCAUCAGACAAAUUCCUCAAAUUUUAUUCAAGAACAAACACAGUGUAA